AUGGACGAAAGGCCAGCCCAUUUUCACCGGAAACGAGAGCGGAGGUCUCGUGGACUGCGUCAACCUGAACGUCGUAUAAAAGCUAAACGGAAGCAGCUCGAGCGUCGAAUCUCUUCAUCAUACACCUUCAUGUCGAAUAGAAGUCUCACCAACAAAGCUGAAAUAAAGACUAAAUUUGACAUUUUGUCACGUCUCCAGAAGUGCUUUUCAAAGCAAAUGCUGCUCUGUUCCACCAGAUUCGAUCGGCCUGGACCGGAGGAGGUUUAA